CAGUGCUGCUGAGGAGGAGGAGGAGGCGGAGGAGGCGGCGGCGGCGGCGGCGAGCGAUUCUCCCACCCCCACCCACCGAGCCGAGGGAGAAUGACUUCUGCAACGUCACCUAUCAUUUUGAAAUGGGACCCCAAAAGUCUGGAAAUCAGGACUCUCACAGUGGAGAGGCUGCUGGAGCCACUCGUUACCCAGGUAACCACUCUGGUCAACACCAGCAAUAAAGGACCCUCUGGCAAGAAGAAAGGGCGCUCCAAGAAGGCUCAUGUCCUGGCUGCUUCGGUGGAGCAGGCCACCCAGAACUUCUUGGAGAAGGGAGAUCAAAUUGCUAAGGAGAGCCAGGAUCUGAAGGAGGAAUUGGUUGCUGCCGUAGAGGACGUGCGCAAACAAGGGGAAACAAUGCGGGUUGCCUCCUCGGAGUUCGCCGACGACCCCUGCUCCUCGGUCAAGCGAGGCACCAUGGUGCGGGCGGCUCGCGCCUUGCUGUCCGCUGUCACUCGCCUGCUCAUCCUGGCUGACAUGGCUGAUGUCAUGAGGCUCCUGUCUCACCUGAAGAUUGUGGAGGAAGCUCUGGAAGCCGUGAAAAAUGCAACAAAUGAGCAAGAUUUAGCCAAUCGCUUUAAAGAGUUUGGGAAGGAGAUGGUGAAACUCAACUAUGUGGCUGCCAGGAGACAGCAGGAACUGAAAGAUCCUCACUGCAGGGAUGAAAUGGCUGCAGCUCGAGGUGCUCUGAAGAAGAAUGCCACUAUGCUGUACACCGCAUCGCAAGCGUUUCUCCGUCACCCUGACGUUGCAGCCACCAGAGCCAACAGAGACUAUGUCUUCAAACAAGUACAGGAAGCAAUUGCUGGCAUCUCCAAUGCUGCCCAGGCCACCUCACCCACUGAUGAGAACAAGGGGCAUACUGGCAUAGGAGAGCUUGCUGCUGCAUUAAAUGAGUUUGACAACAAAAUUAUCUUAGACCCCAUGACUUUCAGCGAGGCUCGCUUCAGACCAUCUCUUGAGGAAAGGCUGGAGAGCAUCAUCAGUGGAGCUGCCCUGAUGGCAGACUCCUCGUGCACGCGGGACGACCGCCGCGAACGGAUCGUGGCCGAGUGCAACGCCGUGCGGCAAGCCCUGCAGGACCUGCUCAGCGAGUACAUGAACAACACUGGAAGGAAGGAGAAGGGGGAUCCACUCAACAUUGCUAUUGACAAGAUGACCAAGAAAACACGAGACCUUCGCAGACAGCUACGAAAGGCAGUAAUGGAUCACAUAUCUGACUCGUUCCUGGAGACCAAUGUCCCCUUACUGGUUCUCAUCGAGGCUGCCAAAAGCGGUAAUGAGAAGGAGGUGAAGGAGUACGCUCAGGUCUUCCGUGAACACGCCAACAAGCUGGUCGAGGUUGCAAAUCUGGCCUGUUCAAUCUCAAAUAAUGAAGAAGGUGUGAAGUUAGUCCGUAUGGCAGCAACACAGAUUGAUAGUCUGUGCCCACAGGUGAUAAAUGCUGCGCUCACGCUGGCCGCCAGACCCCAGAGCAAAGUAGCCCAGGACAACAUGGAUGUCUUCAAAGAUCAGUGGGAGAAACAAGUGCGAGUCCUCACUGAAGCUGUGGAUGACAUCACUUCAGUGGAUGAUUUCCUCUCUGUUUCAGAAAACCAUAUUCUGGAAGAUGUGAAUAAGUGUGUGAUUGCUCUCCAAGAGGGGGAUGUGGAUACGCUGGACCGAACCGCGGGGGCCAUCCGAGGCCGUGCAGCCAGAGUUAUUCACAUCAUUAAUGCAGAGAUGGAGAACUAUGAAACUGGAGUUUAUACUGAGAAGGUGCUGGAAGCUACCAAGCUGCUCUCUGAAACAGUGAUGCCACGUUUUGCUGAACAAGUGGAAGUUGCCAUUGAAGCUCUGAGCGCCAAUGUCCCGCAGCCCUUUGAAGAGAACGAGUUCAUAGAUGCCUCCCGCCUGGUCUAUGAUGGAGUUCGUGACAUCAGGAAAGCUGUUCUGAUGAUAAGGACCCCUGAAGAACUUGAGGAUGAUUCAGACUUUGAGCAGGAAGAUUACGACGUCCGCAGCCGAACGAGCGUUCAGACUGAAGAUGAUCAACUUAUUGCUGGCCAGAGUGCAAGGGCCAUCAUGGCUCAGCUUCCCCAGGAGGAGAAGGCUAAGAUUGCUGAGCAGGUGGAGAUAUUCCACCAAGAAAAGAGCAAACUGGAUGCAGAAGUCGCCAAGUGGGAUGACAGUGGGAAUGACAUCAUCGUGUUGGCAAAGCAGAUGUGCAUGAUUAUGAUGGAAAUGACAGACUUUACUAGAGGCAAAGGCCCCCUGAAGAAUACAUCAGAUGUCAUUAAUGCAGCCAAGAAGAUUGCAGAGGCAGGAUCGAGGAUGGACAAACUGGCACGGGCGGUGGCUGAUCAGUGCCCAGACUCAGCCUGCAAACAGGAUCUGCUAGCCUACCUGCAGCGUAUUGCCCUCUACUGCCAUCAGCUCAAUAUCUGCAGCAAAGUGAAGGCAGAAGUUCAGAACCUGGGAGGAGAACUUAUUGUAUCAGGGCUGGACAGUGCCACUUCUCUCAUCCAGGCAGCUAAAAACCUGAUGAACGCUGUGGUCCUUACAGUGAAAGCAUCCUAUGUGGCUUCUACUAAGUACCAGAAGGUCUAUGGCACUGCUGCAGUGAACUCACCAGUUGUAUCUUGGAAGAUGAAGGCCCCUGAGAAGAAACCUCUGGUAAAGAGAGAAAAACCAGAAGAAUAUCAGACCAGAGUGAGAAGAGGGUCCCAGAAGAAACAUAUUUCACCUGUACAGGCCUUAAGUGAAUUCAAAGCGAUGGAUUCGUUCUAAACCACCAAGCUCUGCCAGGAGAGGGUUUUCUAUUCUUUUUUGUAUCCAUACCUGCCAACUUGUAUGCAUCUGGCAUGGGGUGGGGGAAGCAGUGUCCAUGUGCAUGCAACCUGAGCCUCAACUGAGGUCACUACCUUCCUGCAGUGCCCCAAUUGAGGGCACCCUCUUGGCAUCUCGAACAGCCUCGUCCCCAAGCUUCCUUUUACAAGUCAAAGCCUAGCAUUGAAUUGGCCAAAGAAUCUGCAUCACACAGUGGGGAGGGGAGGGGAGGGUGGGGGGUAACCAUGAAAUUCAAGUCUAACCCCAGACAUUUUUAUGCAUGCAAGAAACAUUAGGGUUGGCAGGUAUAUUAAGUGAACCACAAUGGGAUUGUAAUGGUAGACCAUAAAGCUUGUAUUGCUUCUGUUCCAGUGCAAAACCGUCCUAGCCAAUAUGCUUCAAUGUGUGGCCCCAUAAUGAACUGAUAGAACUUUUGGGUCAUCUCCAUGAUAGUUAUGUGAGGGUUUGGGUUCUUUUUUUUUUUUUUUCUUUCCUUUUAUUUUCAAACAGAUGCAAACUAAUUCCUCUUGAAAAACAAACAGGCAAAGCAAGGAAACAAACCUGCUUCUUUUAAAACCAUCUUUUUUCUUUUGUCCUUUAUCUUCUAAGUAGUGUUCUGAUUGCUCACAUUUGGAUUAAUCCCAUUAUUAUGGCCAGAGGUUUACUUUUGCCAAUUGAAUUCCUUCUGGUGGAGUAUGAAGCACAAUAUGGUGGGUGACAUUGCCUUUUCUAUGAUGAUGAUGAUGGUGGUGAUUAUAAUAUUAGUAAUUAGAAGAGCUGCUGGUGGUGGAAUGUUUAGAGACACAGAAACUGACAGUGUGAGAAUUUAGAGGCAAAUAUGUAGGUGUAGCUUGGAUUACAGGUAUCUGACAUACCAUUGUAACCACUAACUCAAUAAACUCAUUUAACCUUGGAA